AAUGUUUUUGUUGAUGCACGCCUGACUACACGCUACUUCCCUUUUGGGUUCUUAUCGAAGGAGUAAACAUUCAACAGCAUCUAUAUGUGGGUCUGUAGCUAAUUAUCGAUUCAUGUAGCGAAACAACCGCCCGGAAACUCACAGAAGAAGCUCCGGUGUUGCAGAAGGAGACAUCUGUAACUGAAUUGUGGGUAACGAUGGCUGACUGGAGCCCGAUAGCGAAGGUGUAUGACCCGCUGAAAGCUGGCAGCAUCGACGGCACGGACCUGGAGCCCCAUGACCGCGCGGUCUGGAGGGCUAUGGGUGCCCGCUACAAGCCCAACAAAGGCGUCGUCGGAGACCCGCUGCUCACCCUGUUUGUGUACCGUCUGAACCCGCAGACAACAGAGGACAAACUGCACCAAGUGUUCUCCAAGUACGGAGACAUCCAGCGGCUCCGGCUGGUCCGGGACAUCGUCACGGGCUUCUCCAAAGGAUACGCCUUCAUCGAGUACAAGGAGGAGCGGUCUGUGGUCCGGGCCCGCCGGGACGCCAACAAGCUGGUGGUGGACCAGCACGAAGUGGUUGUGGACUUUGAACAAGAGAGGACCCUGAAGGGAUGGGUCCCCCGGCGGCUCGGCGGAGGACAGGGAGGGAAGAAAGAGUCUGGACAGCUGCGGUUCGGCGGCAGGGACAGGCCUUUCCGUAAACCCAUCAACCUCGGGGUCGGUCCGGUGCAGGACUGGGGAGGCAGUGGAGGUGGUGGUGGUGGUGGAGGAGGGAGGGAGUGGGAAAGACAAGGGACGAGAGACAGAGAGGACCGAGACCGACACAGAGAGGCCGAGUGGGGCAGCAGAGGCCGGAGAGAUGACCGGGACAGAGGAGGCAGAGAGAGGGAGGACCGCAGAUACGGAGACAGGAGCAGGCACCGGGACAGGAGAUGAUGAAGAACCUUAAACUGGGGCGGCCGGGUUCGAAUCCGGCCUGUGGCCCUUUCCGCAUCCACUCUCUCUCUCCCCCCUUUCCAAGACUCUAUCCACUGUCCUGUCAAUAAAAACGAAAAAAUGCCCCCAAAAAAAGAACUUAAAAAAAAAAAAAGAACCUUAAACUGGGAAAAAGAAGUUGAGAAACGUGUGUUUUGGUGAAUUAUUUCUCUGUUGUUACAAUGCUAAAUUGGCAUUUUAUUUGACAUCGUUGGAAAAGCCUGUUUAUUUACCUUCACAAUGAUGUCCAACUUGUAAGCAUCAUGCAUUUGUGGGAUGAGCAGCACAGCUGAUUAUGUGGUUAGCGCCCCAAGAAAAAUUUGUAUUUUCCUGUUGGUAUUGACUCUUGUUUUGAGUUGUUUGGUGGAUUGGAUGAUUGAACUCUCUAUCAGUAACAAGGAACAAAACAAGACAUAUUGGCUAUUUUAAUCUUUAUUCAUUUAAUACACUGUCAAGUCCUUACAAGUCCUUACAUCCUUACAAGUUGGACAUUAUUGUGAAGGUAAAUAAACAGGCUUUCCAACAAUGUAAAAUACAAUGCCAAUUAGCAGUGUAACAACAGAGAAAUAAGCAACUAUACACAAGUUUCCGAAUUUUUUUUUCCCAGUUUAUUUAUAAAUAUGGAUUAAAUCCAAAGUACUGAUCUCACCCGGUUCUCACCAGGAAGCAUGUGAUGGAUGUUUUGAUCCACUGGAGGACUUUUAAAACCAAAGUGUGCAUUGGAGAGAGUGACUGUUAGGGCUGGUGGUUUGUCCACAGUGGACUGGAAUAUGUAAAGAAUAAGCAUUUUAAUUACAGAUGACUUUUUGUGCUAUUAGUUUUGUUUUGUUGUGGAAUGAUAAUUUAACUGGUUCAUGUUCAUCCAAUUGCACUGUAUGGUAAUGAUAUGUCACAAGUGGGGCUGCCAUUUUCAGCUGGUACUCUAGAGUUUUCAGUAUCUCCAAGAAAUCUGACUUAGUCCAUGCUUCUGUAGCAUAAAUUGAGUUUCAAAAACAGUGUAAGAAUUCACCAUAUU